UUUUACUUGUAACACCUAAAAGCAACUUUCGAGUAUUGAGAUUCAAUCCGUCAAACAAGUUUUUAUUUUGAGGGUAGAGUGACGAUAAGCAUAUGCAAGGACUCACGAACGACUUCGAAUAAGAUAGUGUGUACGUGUCAAGUUUGUUCGUGUACGGGGACAGGAUCACAAGAUACACUUUCAAUUUAUUAUCAAAUCAAAAUUAUUCUUUCUCGUAUUUCGUUAAAAUCACAAUCAUUAAGGUAACAACACUGGUGGCAAAAUUUCGUCCCGGGAAAGUUAUGAAAUCGUUGGCCAUGAAGUAUCCCGGCCUCCCGGGCUUAUCCCUGCAUAAGCCUAAACUGGCAAUUCAGCUUUGUUUAAAAAGGAAAUUAGAGAUUUUAUCAAUGGGAGGGCACACAGAAAGAACAAAAAUUAACUAUCGUCAAAAUGUCAUGAGUGGUGCCACAGUAAUUGAAAGAAAAAUUCUAAGCCCCACUGUAAUUGGAAUAAAAUUAAUGGUUGAAGAUCAUAGCCUGGCAUUCUUUUCUGGCCAGUGGGUUGAUUUAUUCAUCCCAAAUGUAAAUCAAGUUGGGGGUUUUUCAAUGUGUUCACCACCUUCAUUGCUUGAACAGUCUCAGCAAAUUGAUCUAGCAAUAAAGAAAUCCUCAUGGCCACCUGCUCAAUGGGUACACACAAACUGCAAAGUUGGUGACAAAGUACAAAUUCGCGUUGGGGGAGACUUCUAUUACAUUCCUCCAUCAAAUGUUCCAAUUCCAGACAUGAUUUUCAUAGCAGGUGGAGUUGGGAUCAAUCCCUUGCUAUCCAUCCUUCUCCAGCUCAAACACCAUUUUCAAAUACCAACUAAUGAAAAAUACUUACCAAAAAACAUAACAUUGCUUUAUAGUGCAAAACAGAAAGAAGAGCUACUUUUUCAAGAUACAAUCUCAGAAUUGAAACACGGCCCGUUGAAGUCGUUUGAUUGUCGUUUUUUCGUAACACGGCUUCCCGCUUCGGAAAACGACCAAAGUGGCCAAAGAGGAUCGCAAUUCAGAGACGGUCGGCUGAUGGAAAAGGACUUGCGGCUAGCCAUUAAUAAAAGUGAUAUUGACACCGUUAUCUGUUUUAUUUGCGGACCUCCACCUAUGACGGAUGCCAUCCAUUCUCAGCUUAUAAAAAUGGAAGUACCUGCUAAACAAAUCAAAUAUGAAAAAUGGUGGUGAUCCCAUAAUGAAAAAGUUAGCACAACAACUACUGCGAUUUCGAGUUGUAAUUAGUCUCUAUCGUGGUUCGUGCUGAACAAACUAAUGAUAUAACCCAGAUGACACUACACUUUGUAAUGUCAAAUUAACGCUCAAAUCGUCAUAAUUGAAAUUGCACUAGAAAUGUGAUAAUACUUACGGACUACAAUAAUCUCCCGUUUCUUGUACUCCGUCCAAAUAGUAAAUUGUAGUCGAAAGCUUGUUACAAAAAUUCAUGACACUGUGGGAAAUAGUUCAAUAAAAUAUGGGGAAACCA